UCCCUACUACUCUCCUCUUUCUCUGCUUUAUUCCUUGCACGUAAACAUCUACAAAGAAAACAUGGAGUCAAGCAACAGAACAGUCACCACUACCAAAACACCGCUGUCUCCUUGCUCCGUGUCGCCGUCACGUAGCUCACCAUCUCCGCCGCGGGUGGUGGUCACACCUUGUGCUGCCUGUAAGAUAUUACGGCGGAGAUGCGCAGAGAAAUGUGUGUUGGCACCUUAUUUUCCUCCCAACGACCCCAUCAAAUUCACCACUGCUCAUCGUGUUUUCGGUGCAAGCAAUAUUAUCAAGUUCUUGCAGGAAUUGCCGGAAUCUCAAAGAGCAGAUGCAGUGAGCAGUAUGGUGUACGAGGCUAACGCUAGACUGAGGGAUCCAGUUUAUGGUUCUGCUGGUGCUAUUUUUCAACUUCAAAAGCAAGUGAAUGAGCUCCAAGCACAAUUAGCCAAAGCACAAGCUGAGGUUGUCAAUAUGCAGUGCCAACAAGCUAACCUCAUGGCCCUUCUUUACAUGGAAAUGGACCAAUCUACACCGGUAUCACCCGAACAAUCUUUGGACAAGUUAACCAGUACCACCUUCCAAAGUAGCAUGAGUUUCCUAGAUGAUCAGAACAACAAUUUUGGGUCAUUAUGGGAUCAGCCUCUCUGGACAUGAUUAGUUAAAAGGAAGAUAUAUAUGUUCGUCAGAAGAUCUACAAUUUUAAACUUGAUGGAUUCAACCUUUUAGUUCUUACCAUUGAAUUCAUUACACUUCUGAAAUUGUAGGUUCAGAAUUCAAUAUUUGUUAAAUUCUAGAAAUUUUCCACAAAUAUAUAGAAAAAAUACUGGACUCAGUUGAAUCUAGUAAACCAGGUUCCAUCUGGGCGCCUUUAAUUUGUUUCUGUUGUCAUAUGUAUGAGCCGAUUUUAAGUUCUCCUAGCAGAUUAUAGUGGAAAGAUAACAAAAUUGUAAUAUAAUAUGAACGAGAUCCUGAUUAGAUAUUAUAGAUGUGAGUCUGUGUACUGGUUAGAUUUUCUUUAUUUUGCUAAUGAUUUAGAUAAAGCAAAUCAAAUUUA